AUGAACGAAUUAUCACUUAUUCUUCAAGAAGAAGAAAAGAGGGAUGAAAUAACUGAAAAAGAGAAGUACAAGUAUUUGACAAACGCAUUAAAAAAAGUGUUAUUAGUUAUUAAAGAAUUACAAACAAUCAACUCUACAGAAACACAAUUUAAAAAAGAGUUAGAAAGAUUUAGUGAACAAUACCAAACAAUUGAAACAAAACUAAAAGGAGUUCCAGAAGAAACAUCAAAUUUUAAUGAGUCCAAUGAAAUAAUAGAAAUAGAAUUAGAAAUAGAAGAACUAGAAAAUAAAGUUCAAAAGAGAUGGAAAAAAGAAAAUGAUAGAAAAAAAGUUUAUAUGGUACUCUAUAACAAUAAUAUAUAUCAAAUUCAACCUGUUUGUGCUCCAACUAUGAGAAUUGAUGUAAAUGGAGAAUCUAUGAAAGAUGGAAGUCCAAUAAGUUUAUUUUAUUCUAACCAACAGAAAAAUCAAUUAUUUAAGAUAAAACAAUUAGAAAUACCUGGACAUGAACGUUGUAUAGUUUUACAAUGUAGUCAUUCAAAAAAAUAUCUUGGUAGAAAACAUAAUAAAACUAAACCUGGAACAAAAGUAACACAAACAAAUGGAAUUGAAAGUGUUGAAGAAAAUCAUUGGGAAUUAGAACCAGUAGGAAAUGGAUCUUUUUAUAUUAAUUGUGCUCAUUGUAAUUUGAGAAUGGACGUUUCAAGAGGAAGUACUAAAAAUUUAACUAAAAUUAUUUGUUGGUUAAAAAAGACUGAAAAUACUACAAAUCAACAAUUUUCAUUUAUUAAUAAUAAUUCAGAAGGUAAAUUUUAA